CCUACUGAGUUAGAUGAUGAACAAGUGGUCAUCAUAUCUUCAGCCACUUCCCCUGCUCAGACAGGUCAGCACCAGAAGGGCAAGCCAGAAAAUGACCACAGCAUAGACAAACCUUCAGACACUGACAGCGAACCAGAGACUGAUACAUAUCACUUUACAGAGGACCAACAGCGGGCAAUGAUGGAGUUGAUGGUUCAGAAACAAGAAGAAGUAGAUUUGCUAGAUGAAGAACCUCCAGAGUAUAAUGUGAAAGGUCGUUUGGAGCAAUUAAAUGCAGAACUGGCCAAAGAUCCACUACCAGCAGAGGAAAGCCGACAACACAGAGUGGGCUUCAAGGCAGAGAUUGUAGACCUUGUGGCGCCACCUCUUGACUUCAGCGAUGAUGAAUCGCAGCCCAACAGUAUCAGUGGCGGAUUACACAUUGCUACUUCAUCAGUGAUUCUAAAAAAGGAAGAUGGAAGCAGCAAUGACAGUAAAGACAAUAAAGAGAAAGAUGACAAAAAUGCAGCUGAAUCAAACAGUAAAGAAUUUGUGGUCGAACGAGAUGGUCAGUUUGCUUUGUUGAGUGCUAGUGAGCUGUCACCAUCAGAACGUUCAGUAUUCUUAAAUGAAAAUGAAGUGAAGAAGACAGAAAUACAAAGUGAUAGUGAAGGGGUACAAAAUAAAAUUCAUUCAGACAAAAGUCACAGUGCUGGGAAAGUCAAGACUGAUAACAGUUUCACCUCACACAUAUUACCCAGACCUCCGUUGAUACCAAGGCCAAAUACUGCAUUUUCUGGUCCUCGGAGAAACGUCCAGCCAGUUCAAUCACAGCUGACAAGAUCGGCAGGUCAUCCCAGCUGCUGCAACCUUGUUAUGGAUAAAUUUAACUACAAUUCGCCCUAUGCAAUGACUCCCCAGCAGAAAGAGGAGGCAAGAGAGAAGGCAAGAAGACUUGAGGAAGAGAAGAAAGAGAAAGAAAGGAAAUUACGAGAAGAAGCUGAGGAGAAACGGAGAGAAAAUGAUAGUGCCUUUCAAGCUUGGUUGCACAGAAAGAGGGAGGAAGACAGCAAGAGGCAAGGUAAUGAAGCUAACAAGACAAAGUCGGAGCAAGAGCGGAAAGAAGAAAAUGAGGAAGCUUACAAAACAUGGCUGAAAGAGAAGAAAGAACAGGUGAAAAAAGAGAAGUUAUUGAAGAGGCGGCAGCAACUGGAAAAGACAGAUGGGUUAUUCUACCAUUCUUCUGAAGAAUGCGAGAAAGCUUUCAAAGAGUGGCUAAAGAAGAAAAAUGCAGCUUCAAAGAAACAGAUUGAGACAGAGAGACAGAUAAACAGACUUUAUAAAAUUCAAGUCAAAAGAUCAAAGAAGAUACAAGCAAUAAUCAAAGCUUUGAAAGAAUCGCAGGCUG